CACACACACACACACACACACACACACACACACACACAGCUGCUAACUUUAUCUAUUAUCGCUCCUUUCUGCCUGUUUGUGCAGAUUUUAAUCCAGAAGCUGUCUCACUGUCUGUCUGUCUGUCUGCUGUCUGUCUGUCUGUCUGCUGUCUGUCUGUCUGUCUGCCUGUUUGUCUGUCUGUCUGUCUGCCUGUCUGUCUGUCUGUCUUACACUAACUUCUGUGACUUUAAUUAGUUAAUGAGCACGUGACUUUGCUCAUUAAUGUAAACAUCUGGAAGAGUUCCCGGACCACCGGGGGACCGCCACCGUUACUCCUGGAGAUUUACAGCCGCGAUCGAGCGCUGACACUCGGCCGUUAAUCACCAGAGCCCCCGCUGCUGUUUCCCGUACUGCUGCUCCCGGCGGGGCGGUGCUAACCGGAGGCUGAGUGCCAUCAGCGGGACUCACAGACACAGUCAACACAUAGAGACCCGGGAUACCCGGGACAACCCCCCCCAACACACACACACACACACACACACACACACACACACACAGUCCAGUCCGACACGGUCCCGAUCCUGCCCCGCCCACAUCCAGCUCAGCUCCGCCCGCCCGCCGGGACGCUCCGCUGUAUCACCCCGACCGGUUCAUCCCGAGCGGACAGACACCGAGCGGACCCUCCCGACCUGCUGUCAAUGGCCUCCUUCACCUCCACCCUCCUCUUCCUCGCCACGGUGUUGGUCGGGAUCACGCCGGCCGUCAGUCAGCCCGACGACCCGUCAGGGCUCACCUGUAACGACUGGGGCGAGUCCAUCGAGGGGUCGGUGUCGAUCGUAGAGGGGGAGCUGGGCUGGCUCUCCUGCCCUCUCUUCUCUCAUCCCUCCGUCUACAACUACACCUCCACCCAGAGCUCCGGACAGAACCUCUUCUGGUACCGCGUCCCCGAGGGCCAGGACCUGGAGCAGCCCAUCGCCAGCAGCUCGCGGCUCGCCAGAGACCGAGAGCGACUGUGGCUGCUGCCGGCCGCCGCCAACGACACCGGGCAGUACAUCUGUAUGCUGCGGAACAGGUCGUCCUGCACUAAGAUCGCCAUGCGUCUGAAGGUGUUGCGGCCCGACGAGGUCGUCCGCGGCAACGACUGCGAGCCUCCGGUCACCGUGGCGGCGAGCCCGGUGAUCAUCCCUCUGCAGGGGGGGAAGCUGGUGGACUGUCCGGACCUGCAGGACGCCGCCGCCGUCGGUUUACUGAAGAGCCGAGCAACCGUCACCUGGAUGCACAUCAUCCCCAACAGCUCGAUCUAUCACAUUAUGUCACAGCCCCGCUGUAGACCACCAGAGUCGUGGACCAACGACCGGGAGGUGAAAGGAGUCCGGCUGCAGGUCCACGUGAUGAUGGUGACGUAUCAGGGACUUUAUAUCUGUACAGUCCGCUACCAGAGGGGGGGAACGAUGCUAAGCUACAGCAGGAGCAUCAACGUCACCGCAGUCAAUCCGCCCUCGAUGCACAAAGAGCCGACCAUCCUCGUCCCGACCAGAGAGAAAGUGUUCACUGUCAAACAGGACACGGAGGUGCAGCUGCUGUGUAAAGCUCUGUUCCCGUACCUCGACUCAUCGCAGUGGGCGAUGUGGUGGAUGGUUGACGGGAAGACGUUGGACAAAGUCCACGACCAUCAUCGGUUCUCCAAAACCACCAGAAAGGUGAAGGACGACUUCGGGGACCGAACGGAGGAGAGCGUGCUGGUGAUCCAGGACUUCCAGGCUGAAGACCUGAAGAGAGAGUUUAACUGCUCCGUGAAGAACGAGAGAGGGUUCGAGACCCGAAGAGUUCAACUGGUAGAGGAAGUGUCGCUGCCGUCGGUGGAGCUGGGUUGUGGUCUCGGUGUGACUCUGGUCCUCAUGCUGCUCCUGUUCGUGGUCUAUCACGUGUUCUGGUUGGAGCUGCUGCUGCUCUACCGGUCCUGGUUCGGCACCGACGAGCGGCACACAGAUGAUAAGGAGUACGACGUGUACAUCUCGUACGCGAGGAACAGCGAGGAGGAGCAGUUUGUGCUGUCGACGCUGCGCAGCGUUCUGGAGAACGAGCUCGGAUACUCCGUCUGUAUCUUCGACAGAGACAGUCUGCCGGGAGGGACCAUCACAGAUGAGACUCUCAGUUUUGUGGCUCGUAGCCGGCGCCUCCUGGUGGUCGUUAGCCCGGGCUACGCCUCUCACGGCUCCCAGGCCCUGCUGGAGCUGAAAGCCGGCAUCGACGGCAUGGCGCUGGGCGGGCACCUGCGGGUGAUCCUGAUCCAGUACAAGCCGGUGCGGAGGCAGGGCUGGGUCAGGGAGCUGAGGAGGGCGCGGGUGGCCCUGGCGCUGGUCCGGUGGCAGGGGGACAAGUCCAAGGAGCUGACGUCCCGCUUCUGGAAGAGGCUGCGGGUGGAGUUACCUGUUAGGAGGGUUAGCGGCGGGGAGGAAGGCGGUAAGGACGUGGCCCUGAUGAGGCUGCAUAGUCAGAACAGCACCAACUCCCAAACCGGGCUCAUCAGCGACACCGUCAAACACCCGCACAAGGUCUUCAACUCUGCCGGGUAGCACAAAAACAGUCGGUCAGUCAGGACCGGUUCAGUCUCUGCAGAACUUUAGACGAACUGAGAGCGGUGGAGAGAUCUCGGUCUCUGGCUCUGCUCCCUCUUGUUACAGUCUCUAAAAACUAGUUUCUAUCUAGGACUGGGUCAGUACCAGGACCAGUACAGUGCCUGACUCAAUACUACAAAACAGUACUUCUCUCAGUGCCUUUAUUUAUAUAUAUAUAUAUAUAUAUAUAUAUAUUCAAUAUUUUACGAUAAUGUAAACACAAAGCAAUUUUUUGCCCAAAUAUUGGUACUUGCGUGACGACAAGUUAACAACUUUUAAAGUACCCGUUUUCUAAAUGGAGUUUGGUUGAUUGGGGCUAUGCUAACUUAGCUCAUAGUAAAACUGCUCUUUUCAGAUUAAUAACAUUUCUGUCUUCAGUAUUAUUUGUCCUCUGAUUAUCAAUAAUAACGUAAUAAUAAUCAAACGAUGAUACUCAACUUCGGCGUCUGUGCAAAGACCCCGAGAAGCUCCGUUUGUUUGAGAGUCAGACGGCGAGGAGAGGUCGGUACUGAGAAAGUUAUCAAAGAGUAAAACUUUACUUUGUUAGUUUGUUUCACAGCCUCAGUGAGAUUUCAGGGGACGGUGAACAUCUGUAAUAAAGUUGGGUGUCAUCUGCGUAGAGGGAGAUUUACACUCUCAUAAACAGCCUUUAUAUAUAUUUAUAUAUAAUAUAUAUAUAUAUAUAUAUAUAUAUAUAUAUAUAUAUAUAUAUCAAAUACUGCAACCUAUCCAGUAUUAGUCCGAUAUUUACAGAGUGAAACUCACUGAUAACUUUAAAAUGUUGUAAUUAUUUUGCACUUUCUGUUUUUUAUGUUUCCUCUUUUAAACUUUCAGUAUAUCAACAGUAAAUCUGUCGUAUGAGGUUAUUAACACUGGUUGUAAAGGGAGAACGCAUUCUGCACUUUGUCUCUUUGUAUUUGUAAUUUUAUAUGUUUCUUGGGAAUAAAUGAUUUUUUUCAUCGUCA